AUGUCGAAGCUUAUUGUCGAGGCGAUUGAUCCUGUCAAGGGAUCCACCGCCGAUGGGAAUCCACUUUCCCACCGCGAGAAGCAGAUCAUGAGGAAAGUGGAUCUGAGGCUAAUUGUAGGCGCUGCUUUAGGAUAUUCUGUGAAUUUGAUGGAUCGUGGCAAUAUUGGAAUGGCAGCCAUUGGAGGCAUGCUCACAGAUCUCAACUUUGACGGAACACGCUACUCGCUCGUUGUACUGAUGUUCUUCAUUACGUACGUGGUCUUCCAGCCACCCGCCACUGUUCUCAUCCGCAAAAUGGGCCCUCCCUACUUUCUUUCGCUCAUGGUUUUCUGCUGGGGUGCUUUGAUGUUGGGCAUGGGAUUUGCCAAGAAAUGGGAAGAGAUCCUCGCCAUACGAAUCCUUCUGGGUGUCUUUGCGGCUGGGUACUUCCCAGGAUGCAUGUAUCUUCUUUCUUGCUGGUAUUUGCGCUACGAGGUCCAGAAGCGCUUUGCGGUUUUCUACGGUGUGGGCUGCGUAGCAUCAGCUUUGUCGGGAAUACUUGCCUUUGGGUUGACAAAAAUGAAUGGUACUCGCGGGAUUGCGGGAUGGCGUUGGAUAUUCAUUCUCGAAGGAGUGAUCAGCAUUGGGCUCGGUUUUCUUGUGUACAGCCUAAUUGUCGAUUUCCCAGACAAAGCCUCACGGAGUCGGAGAUUCCUGAAUGAGGAGGAAUGUGAAUUCGUCGUCCAACGGAUCAAUUAUGAUCGACUGGAUGCUGAGGCAGAGGAGUUCAGCCUUCGGAGAUUCCUGAAGCCGGCGCUCGACAUCAAAAUAUGGACAUUUGCAAUCCUGUUCUGCUGUUUGACCAUAAAUACGUAUGCCAUGGCGUAUUUUCUCCCCAUAAUCCUUUCCGACGGAAUGGGGUUUGGUGUAGGAGAAGCUCAAUGCCUCACAGCACCACCAUGGAUAUUCGCAGCUCUGAUGAUGUUUCUGACUGCAUGGUUGGGUGAUAAGAUCGAGCGACGUGUUCCAAUUCUGCUGUUCAAUGUUUGCCUUUCAUUAAUUGGUCUACCCAUGAUGGGAUUUUUGAAAAGCAACUCAGCUCGAUACGUCGGUGUCUUUUUGACCGUGGCCGGAGCCAAUGCGAAUGUGCCUGCUUGCAUGGCAUGGCAGGCUAAUAAUAUUCGAGGCCAAUGGACUCGCGCUUUUUCCAGUGCGACAUUGAUUGCCUUUGAUGGUAUAGGCGGUGUCAUUGCCAGUUUGGUCUUCGAAAAGGAUGCACCUCAAUAUCGACCAGGUGUUUUCACUGCUCUUGCGGCUAACGUGGUUUUUUUAUUCGCUGUUGUGUCGCUUGCACUUUGGUACCGGCGUUGCAAUAACCAAGCGGAUCGUGGAGAGCGUAUCAUCGCCGGAGUGGAGGGAUUUAGGUACACUAUUUGA